AGUCACACACUAAAUUUCUGCCCCCUAGAGAGCACUGGUGAAAGGUUACCAGGAUAAUUCAUCUAAAAUUCAUGAGAAAAAAACUCCUGGGCUCUACUAAGCUACUCUAAGCAAAACACUGAAAAAUUUAAUGGAAAAUAAUAUAAUAGAAAGGAAAGAAGAAAAAAAAGAGAGCCUCAGAGAAGGGCAGCCACUGGCAUCAUUACUUAAUGAUGAGAGGGGAAGACUCUAAAUGACAGGGAGGAAAAGAGGAGGGAUUGUGGGAGAUUAAGUGAGCUUGGUGCCGUUUGUAAAACACUGCAAAGCACCACAGGAUGUUUGUCGACUGGCACUCCUAUUCAGGAUGAAGAGAAAGUCGGCAGGGAGACCCUAAACUUGGCUGCAGAGAAAGCGAGAGGGAAGAACAUUAUCCCCUGAGCGGCGCGGAGUCUGAGCAGAGGAUCCAAGAAGGAGAUAAGGAUUAAGCUGCAGUGUUGUGCGUCUUCAUUAAUGGGAUACAAGUUUGAAAAAGGAGACUGAGAAGAAGAAGAAAAAGAAGAAAAAAAAACUUGAAAGUUGGAGGUUAGUGCUGUUAGGCGGUUUAUUUUGGGAUUUGGGAUUCUGGUUUCCUUCUUUCAUGUUUUGGAGAAAAGAAUUGAAUCAAACAACCAGACGGAGCCAGAGGAGAUUCAAGAAUUUAAAGGAUCCGACUCCCUGAAUCAUGACCUCUGCACACUUUCAAGUCCUUUUCCUCCUGCUGUUCUGCGUCCUCCACAGCUCUGAGCAGACCUGCCCUUCUAAAUGCCUCUGCAUGUCUGACACAGUGAGAUGUAGCUCUGUUGGUCUGCACAAACCCCCUCAAUCCCUGCCCUCCUUUCCCGCCAACCUUGACCUCAGCCACAACCACAUCACCUGGCUGGAUCCGGUCACCUUAACCAUGACGCCCAGACUGGAAAAGCUCUGGAUGGCCCACAAUGAAAUCCGUACAUUGAGUCAUAACUUGUUUCGUAAUGUGUCUGGCCUCAGACUGCUGGACCUGUCUUCCAACAGGCUUCAGAUGGUGGAGCAACACUACUUCCACGGGCUGUGGAGGCUGGAGGAGCUCCGUCUCUUCAACAACAGGAUCACACAAGUGGAGGGCAGCUCGCUGAGCGGUCUGAGCAGCUUGAAAAAGGUUUACUUCAGCUUCAACCAGAUCACACACUUCCCAUUUUUCUCCAUCCAGGAUCACACUCACCCUUUUCUGGCUAUGCUGGACCUUUCGUCCAACCGGAUGUCGAGUCUGCCGUGGGAGGAAUUGAAAGCUUUGCCACAGUUGGUGCAGCAGGGGCUGUACACUCACAACAACUCACUCAUCUGCGACUGCUCCAUGUACGCCAUGUUUUGGCACUGGAAUCUGAGAGAAUACAACUCGAUCAAAGACUUUACGGAUGAGCACACGUGCAACGUUGAUGGGGACCCUCGUAGAUCCAUCCGGUUCUUUCGUGACAAGCGGUUCUUCCGGAACUGCACUGUGGAAAAAUCCAUCAUGCAGCCUGUGACGGUUCUCCUCUCCGACGUGGUGGUCUUCGAGGGCGACAGGGUGCGUCUGGACUGCCAAACAUCUCUUAGCAGCACAAACCUCUCGUUUACAUGGCUUUCCCCAAGUAGGGGCUUCAUCACCCAAAGCAGCAUGAAUGACACACUUAUUAGCAUGUUUCCCGAUGGCACCUUGGAGAUACACGCAACCACGAUCAACGACUCGGGUGUGUAUCUUUGCACCGCUGUGGACAUCAAACAGGCAUUGAAUGCAACACGUGAGGUGAAUGUGACUGUGCUGUUGCCGGCAGCAGAGCCGUUCAACACUGGUUACACAACACUGCUGGGCUGCAUGGUGACUUUGGUCCUCAUCCUCGCGUACCUCUUCCUGACUCCAUGUCGCUGCAGCUUCUGCAAACAGCCUCCGGCGCACUCCAACCAAGGCACCUUGUCGUGCAUUUUCUCAUCUUUUACAAGAGAACAACCCACCUUGAAGCAUGUGGCUUUCAUGGAGCAUCCAAUGGGCGAAGAAAGGAUAGAAUGGAUACCUCAAAGCUGAGGAUAGGCCAUGUUCUUUGUCAGUAGAAACAGAGAUUUGGCUGAUCUUAUUGUUUGGAAGAGUUAAGAUGUCAUUUGAGUGUAAAUGCAGUAAGGAAAAAGAAAGCUCUCAUGUCUCUUUUUCAUCUUCAAGAGAGGAGGGAAAAAAAUCAAUUUUCUGUUCCAAUUCUUUUUGUCUCAUGACCAGGUAGUCGAUAUAAAAGUUUCAGCAAUGGUUUAUUACCCUCACUGUAGAGCUUUUAUAAGUCCUACAAUUCAGCUAAUAACUUAUUUUUUGCACCCAGCCACAGAUGUAUGAAGAGUAUUUCUUGUAGGACCAGACUGAAUCUGACUCACUUCUCACAUAAAGUAGUGUGAAUUAAAACUCCCUCAAUAUGUUCUAGCUGAGUGAUUGUGUGAACGGCAUGAGUGUAGGUUUUGGUAAGAAAAACAAAAUGUUGACUUCUUGAUCAGCUGCAGCUCUGAUUGAUUAUUGUACAAUGCCUGGGAAAAGUAUUUGCACUCUUGAUUUUUGUUCACAUUUUGUCACAUUACAGCCACAAACUUCAAUGUAUUUUGUUGGAAUUUUACAUGCUAUACCAACACAAAGAGGUGAGGUGAAGUGGAAGGAAAAAGGUGCCUGGUUUUCAACUUUGCUUUUCUUGAGCAGUAUCACAAUGAUAGAUUUUUUUUUUUUUUUACAAAUUAAAAGCUGAAAAGUGUGGCUUACUUUCGUAUUUAGCCCAUUUUACUCUGAAGCCCCUUAAAAAAUAAUGUGUUACUUUCAAAAGUAAUCCCAUAUAUCGGAGUUAAUGGGAAGAUGGAUAACAGACUUCAGACUGAGGUGGAGGUUCACCUUCCAGCAGGAAAACAACCCUUAAUGUAGGGUUACAAUUGACUAGUUUAAAUUAAGGCAAAUUUCUGUAUUGCUAUGGCCUAUUCAAAGUUGUGGAAAAACUUGAGUAUUGAUAUUCACAAAUGCUCACCAUUAACGCUGAUGCUUGAGCUACUUUCCAAAGAGUUUGCAAAAAUGACAUUCUUAAACUAUGCCAAGCUGAUAAGAGAAACUUGCAGAUGUAACUUACAGGUAGCUGAGUCUUGAGCGCCAAAUACACUAAUGUUCUCUAAUGAAUGUUUAAUGACUUCCAAGAACCACUGCAAUUACUCCUUUUUAAUGUAACUUUUAUUUUUAGUUUUAAUUUUGUAAUUGGGGAAUUUCAAAGAUAGCUGCUUGCAAUGAAUUGUAUUUAGGAGUCUGAGAGUAAUGGGGGACUUAUCUGACAACGCAUUUUAUAGAUUACCUUCCACUUGACAUCUGCGGACUGCUUAGUGUUGGUCUACCAAAUAAAAUUUAAAAACAAAAACAGACUUUAUGGUUGCAAUGCCAAAAGAGAUGUAAAUAGCUGCAUGUAGGUCUAUGGAUCAGUUUGUCCUGAAAACUUUCCCAUUUCCCUUUAGCACCUAAUUAAGAUCUAACUAUCAUCUUCACUUCCUUGGCUUAUCUAUUAGAAAACAGAGGUUCCCCCCGGACUAAUCCAUCAUGCAUAUACAUGUCACAUUCAAACCUGUUGCAUUAAUCUGCCAGAAAACAACCCUAAAAAUCUCCAUCUGUACUCUGCUUAUCUGACAAAUGGUGAAACAGAGAAAUAAGGAGUCUCGACAAACAAAAACCAAGCAGCGACUGGGCUGCUCUUCAAAGACGGCGAUGCUUUGAUCAUGCACAGCCGAGCACUUUGAGCGCAGAGGAACAAACACAAGCACUAAAUUUGAACUGAAGUGACAAAUUCUUCAAGCAGCUCUGACGCAUAGCCAGCGGGGGGCAUUACUUUGUAUGACUUUUUUUUGUUAUUUGUAUGUAUGGAGGGCUUUUUGUCUGUAAUUGAUCUCAACAUGCUUGAAAUGACAAAAUUACGCACUACAACAACAGAGAUUAAAGCAGCAGAGGAUGGACUUUUAUAUACUUUCAUGAAGGCGCACGAGCAUGUGGGACAAGAAAAAAAUAUGUUGUUCUUGUAAAAGACUGAAGAGACAGGAAAGCUGAUUGAGCAUAAAAGAGUGUAGAAAACAACAUCCCUUAAAUAAAAGUAAUCAGUUUGUCC